AGAAGAGCAGUUCGCGGGAAAGACAGGCAGCAACAACGACACGGAAAAAGACCACCAGCUAACAAUCUGACAAACUUCUCAGCUACAUUAACAUUAUUUCAGAUCGUUCUCUACUGCGCUGUAGACUGCAGGGAUGCUUUUCCGCUCCAUAGUCGACAGAGGAGUGGGCAGAAGACGGCAGAAUGCUCUCCCUGCAGACCCCUGGCCACGGUACCCUCUGAGCUCUCUGCUAGGAGGCUAUCAGUGCGUCCGCCAUGAUGAACACAUCUCCUAUGGCAACCUGGGUGACUCUGUGCCACCAUUUGGAAUGGCUUUCUCCUCUGCGGGGCACAUGCAGAAUGUCCUCGCAGCAGCGAAUGAAGAAGGCAUUGUUAGGAUCUACAACACAGAGAGCCGGGAAAACCCUCUUCUUAAAGAAUGGCUGGCUCAUGAGAAUGCUGUCUUCGACAUAGCCUGGGUACCAGGGGAGCCUCACUUAGUGACUGCUGCUGGUGAUCAGAUGGCCAGGCUGUGGGAUGUGAAGUCAGGGGAGCUGUUAGGGAGCUUCAAGGGUCACCUCUGCAGCCUCAAGUCUGUUGCUUUCACACCUCAGGAGAAAGCUGUGUUCUGUACUGGGGCCAGAGAUGGAAAUAUUAUGGUCUGGGACACCAGGUGCAGCAAAAAAGAUGGUUUCUACAGACAGGUGAAACAGAUCAGUGGUGCUCACAACAAAGCAGAGACAAACCCCCUCGCCAAAACCAAGAAGAGGCGGAGCAGCACGCGUGGCAUGGCUCCCAGUGUGGACACCCAGCAAAGUGUCACAGUGGUUUUGUUUCGGGAUCAGCACACACUCAUCUCCUCUGGGGCUGUUGAUGGAGUGAUCAAGAUGUGGGAUCUGAGGAAGAACUACACUGCACACCGCCAAGAUCCUGUUCCACUGCAGACGUACCCGUACCCGGGUUCUUGCAUGCGCAUGAGACUGGGUUAUUCAGGACUUGUUCUGGACUCCACGAGAUCCAACGUUUUAUGUAACUGCACAGAUGACAGUAUCUACAUGUUCAAUGUCAGCGGAGUGAAAACGACUCCAGUUGCGGUUUUCAGCGGCCACCAGAACUCCUCGUUUUAUGUUAAGUCCACUAUUAGUCCAGAUGACCAGUUCUUGGCCAGCGGCUCAAGCGACAAUAAUGCAUACAUCUGGAAGAUCUCUGACCCUAAUCAUCCUCCCAUGAUGCUCCAAGGCCAUAGCGAGGAAGUGACAUCUGUUGCGUGGUGCCCGACAGACUUUACGAAGAUUGCUUCCUGUUCUGAUGACCACACUAUUCGGAUCUGGAGGCUUCACCGGGAAAUGGAUGGAGCACAGUCCUCAGUGGGGGACGCCAACCUUGUGGGCUGGGCACGUCCUAAAUCUCCCUCAGGGCCUUCAAUCAGAGCUGAAACAACCCCUGCCAAGAACCAGAGGACAGAGAGUCUUGGAGGACUGGCCUCACCCCAGCUUGCUUCCUGUGCUCCCAGUGGAGCCGCUCUGCCGCUGCCCUCCAGCACCACCUCACCCAUCCCCUCUCAGGGUGCUAAGGCUGCUGCCGUCCGCCAGAGAACACCGUCCUCUAUCAAGCAAUGGUUAUCCCCAAGCCGUGGAUCUCCCGGUCAGGUCAGCCCUCCACUCCGCCGGGUGCUGAGCCCGUGUCCCCAGAGCCCGGCGAGCAGCGCCUCUCCCACUGAACGACGGGCCAAACGCAGGCUGGAGACUGGUGAAGAUGCAUCCGCGCGCUGCGGGGGUGCCGAACAGUGUGACUGUGUUACUGAACUCUACCCUGCGGCCAAGAGGAGCCGGACCCUGUCUGGAAUCUGCUGCCUGACUCAAGAGAGCCGGCUACAAACAGACUGUCACACCGAGGGAAACAAUCUAGUCUCAUUAAGGCAGACUGGGAAGGAGAACUGCUCUCCCAGAGCAAAGGACUGGUUGUCAGAGAUGGGCCUAAAGAUGAGGAAAUGUCAAGGAAGCCCGAGUACUCCCAGAAGCCCCAGUGCCUCCAAGAAACAAGACGGCAAGACACCAGCUUCACCAACCAUCCGCUCGCCACAAAACAUGAAGAAAAUCUCCAUGUAUUUCACGAGAAGACCUCUGGAGUGACCACUCGUGCCAGUCAGAUGCUCUGUGCUUCUGUUUAAAAUGCUAGAAUUUUAUUUUGAGUAUUUUUAACCUGAACCCACAGACGAUGCGCCUCUAAGAACACUGAUCUAUGUCCAGGUUACAUGAGCACAUGAACCUGAGCUGCAUAGAGAUUACAGAACUGUCUGAAUAUUUAACUCUACAGUUUUUUUCCUGAGAGGCUGCUGUUUUAUUUUAAUUGGGCAAUGUGUUUUGCAGUUACCUCCUACACAAUUUUCUGGUGAAGUGCAGAAUCUCUGGUUUAAAAAAAUCAAGUUGCAUGUCGCUGAUUAAAUCUUUCAAUUUGCUCAAACCUGACAACUUCAAGAGAUGCAUUAAUAUUUAAUACAAGAAUUUGAUGAAUUGUUCAGAAGAUCAACCAGUUAUUAAUCUUCAAGUGCAGAUAAAAUGUUUUAAUAUUCUAAAAAUCUGCAAAAAAACAAACAUUUAUUUGAUC